AUGUCAGUGACCACUUGAGCUCUAUCUGGAAAUCCACUUGAAGAAGCUGUUGUCUCCACAAAGACAGGCCAUGUCUUUGAGAAGAGGGUUAUCCACAAGCACAUCGACAACACAGGCCAGUGUCCAAUUACAGGAGUUGAUCUAGAGAAGAAAGAUUUGAUCGAUCUCAAAGUUGAGAGAGUCACUAAGCCCAAAGCUCUAGGGGAAUCAGGAAUCCCUGGAAUGAUCACGAAGAUGCAAAGCGAAUGGGACGCAGUCGUUCUUGAGACCUAUGAACUAAGAAAACAUCUUGAAGUCGUCAGGAAGAAUUUAGCACAUGCUUUAUACCAACACGAUGCUGCCUGAAGAGUAAUCUCAAGACUUACUCAAGAGAGAGAUGAGGCAAGGCAAGCCCUUGCUCUCACUCAGGAAAAACUUCAGGAUUAUAAAGGUAGAUUAGGAGUAGGUGACGCAACUAUGAAGGCAAAGGAAAGCACCUCAAAGCUUAAGGAGGAAACAAAACAAGCUGUGGUGGAGACAGAAAAUAGUGGGAUAUAUCCAGAGCUGCAAGAAAAGCUAAAUACGCUCUCAGAGAAAUUAUUCAAUGCUAGAAAGGAGCACAAGAAGCCAGAGGGCUAUAUUAAAGGAACGGAUUUUAGCACAUUAACUGAGAAGAACAGUUAUCCCUUCCAUUCCACUACAACUCCUGGUGCAGCUAGUGUGGAUAUUUCAAAGAAGAAUCCAAAUAUCCUUUGUUCAGGAGGAAACGAUGGCUCAACUAUCAUUUUUGAUAAGACGUCUGGAAAGGUUACCCAUAAUUUUGGCGAUAAUUCAAACUCAAGUCCAGUUAAUGGAGUGGAAUUUAUGGAUAGUGGUGUUUUACUGUCAAAAGCUAAUGGAUCAGCAGAAUACUGGGCGGUUGAUUUGGUCUCCCAGACAUCUACUCAUAUGAAAACUAUUCAAGGGCAAGCAGGAAUAAUUGCAUCUAGCCAUCCUUUGAAUCCUUAUGUAAUUCAUGGUACAGGAAGUAACUCCUGGGGAUUCUUCAAUAUUGAAACUGGGGCAAAGCUUUUCCAAACAGAGUUAAAAGAUGGAAUGGACUUAACAAGCUUGAGAGUGCAUCCUGAUGGUCUGAUGGUCGCCACCGGAUCUAGUACAGGAGUUGUAAACCUUUGGGAUAUUAGAACACAAUCUUGUGCAGCAGUAAUGGAAGGAAUAAAUUCUCCAAUAACCCGACUUGAAUUUUCUGAAAAGGCAAUCCAUUUGGCAGGAAGCUCAGACAAAAGCAAUAUCGCUGGUCUUUGGAAUUUGAAGAAAUUUAAGAAGCCACCACAGAAACUGAUCCACCAGCAAGGGUCAGUCGUGAGAAGCAUUGCAUUUGAUCCGUAUGGAGCUUUCGUAGUAUCCGCUAGUGAUAAAACUCUCUGUUUCUUCGAUAGCUCCAACACAGAGACUUGCUUAUUCGAACUCCCUGCUCACGAAGAUGUAAUCAACGAUGUAUCAUUCGCACUUGACGCGAGCUACUUGGCUACAGCCUCUGCAGAUAGAACUGUUAAGUUAUUCCAAUUAUAA